AUGUCGACGCUCGCAGCUCCCUCGUCGAAAGCACCUCCUCGACCAUACCGGCGAUUCGUGACAUCGGCGCUCCACAAACGAUUCGUGCACGCAGCACUCCUCUCGCUGCUCGUUGCCCUCGGUAAUGCCUUCUGGCUGGGCUCCAACCAGGAUCUCUUCUGGUCAUGGUUUCCUUUUGGCCCUGCGGGCAUCAAAGCGCUCCUUUUCUUCCUCAGCAGCCUCCUCAUCUUCACCCUGCAAAUAGCGACCCUCAGGAUCGGCACGCGCACAACCACUUCACCCUUGGCUACGUUUAGAGCAAUUUUUCUCAGUGCAGCCACUCUGCAGACAGCAAUUCUCUAUCUCAUGUCAGGAUGGUGGUUUACUGAGGCCUAUAUCUGGUCAGCUCCAGACCUGGGCUGGAUCACAAGAGGAGCCCACAACACCCCAGAUAUGCUGAACGAGAGACCCAUAUACUUCCGUCUCUACGCCAUGUUGGUGUCAAUUGGGUAUGCAGGACUCCACCAGUACCAUGGAUGGUCUUCUCUCCGGAUACCGAUCUCGAAACUUCCUGUGACGCCCUCAGCAGACGCCAAAGCUCAGGACACCCACUCACUCCUGCCUGUCCAGACACGGAUACAGCAAGAACUUAUCUCUGCCCUGAAGAGGAGCGCGUCUGCGUCGGCAAUCACCUUUUUGGUGGCCCCAUUUAUCAACGGUCUCUUUCUGCGAACCAUUUUAUGGCGGAUACAUCUCGCUAUAGCAAAGCUAUUCUACAACGUGUCGAGGGCGAAUGCUCAUCCCAUCGGCUAUCCUCCUCUCGGAUUCCCCUACCUUUUUCGAUGUUUUUUUGCGGGCUUCUUGCUUGCCCUAACUUGGGAAUUGACCACCAUUUUGUUGCUGGAGUAUCUCUGCCAAGAGCCGACAAAGUCGGGGGUUCCCCUUUCUGCCGCUAGCAAAGAUCCUAAUGGAACACUCCUCACUGGCUUGAAAGCAAAGCGUGAUGUCGUCCGGACCUUUGCUUUCUGGGAAUUGGCUAUCAUUGCGCAAAGACAUAAGGAACGGAGGAAGGCUAUCUUCGAGGACAUUGAACGCCCUACAGGACCGAUUUGGGCGCAGAUGCUGCAGGCCGGUUUGAACGUGUUGCAAGAGUUACAGCUGCGCAUUACGGGUCCACCACCUGCAAAACCUGGUACUCCAGAAGUGGCCAAGCCGUUGCCGCGCCUGCUCCCGGAAAUGCAGACCCAGUCCAUCUUCGCACCAGAUUCCAAGCCAAGCAGAGCAGAGAGGCUGGCAAGUCCCUUGAAGCAAUUUGGUAGCACCAGGCAACCAUGGCAUCCACCUAUUGACCAGACCGCCAAACAGGUGGAAACUAGAUUGCUUGAGUAUGCCAAACCCUCAAGUGCUGACUCGAAAUCUCCAAAUGGCUUGGUCGGGUCAUGGACAACUGAGUUGAGGCGGAGUCGUCUCGGAUGGUUCUUCACCUCGCCAAACACUGCCAAGAUCAACGCAACCAUCAUGGGAUCCCCCUAUGGCAACGCGGCAGUUCUUGUCGAUGUGAUUGAAGCAUUGACCAAGAUGCAGGUGGCAAGUCUUACCGAGGAUACUUAUGGGAAGGCCACACCAACCGUGCCAGAUACUGUUCGGACGUUCACCAAAACCUUGAAUCUGAUCGAAGACUAUGUCGCCCAAAACAAGCAAGGUGUUACGGAGGGAAUUGAAGAGGUUGAAAUCAUCGUCGAAAGACUCAGAGCCAGCCUAAAGGAGCUCCUGUCGGCUUUUCAAGUCUAUCUGAUCGACCAGGGUCUAGGAAUCUCCGAGCUGAACCAAGCCAAGAAGGCAAUCCAAGCACCUUCGACCAUUCCUCAGAGCCAAGAGAAGCCCAAGUCAAAACCUAAACCUAUCGAGUCGCGGAACGAGCGAAGGUUGUUUCAGAGCGACAAACAGCGAGAAGGCCCUCGGGACCAGGAUGGGAGACGGAAGGAUCAAGGUGCAGAACUGAAUGGGCGAAAGGGAAGUCGUGAGAUAGAAGACGUGGGCGAGCGAAACGGGAGUCAUGAGCAUGGGCGUCCUAGAAUAGACGCGCCUCCUGCUUGGACUCUACCGAGGACCACGACAGGCGGGCCACUGUUUCAGAGGAGGGAAAUGGAACAGGUCCGAUAG